UCGUGGGAAUUGGGUUGCUAUAAAGACUAGCUAAGGAUGGCAUACAAUGAUUUUUGGAGCUUUAAGCUUUGAGUAUUGUCCUCACACGUCAUCCCUUUGAGCUCCACAACACUGAAGUGGGACUAGUAGACCUUGUAGCCCAGUUCACUGAGAAAACAGGUUCCAACAUAGACUGUAGACAUCCAGCCUCACACUGACUUUGAGGCUAGCAGGACUGAAAUGGAAGGCUCUAGGUCCCGAAAGCAAGCAAGGAUGCACUCAAGGUUUUGAUGUUCCUGGUUUAAUAGAAUGGUAACCCAGGUCCCUGUGCUCCCACACAGAAAGUCUGACAUAGGACCAGGCAGGUCCGGGUUAUUUCAUUAACUACAAAAACAGUGUCUGCACAAUAAGCCAUAACUUGCCAAUCAUCUGCCAAGCAUAUAGUUGCUUGGUUUGUCUGCUCAGACCAGACAUUUCCAGCACAGUAGACAUUAGGGGCCAGGGCUAGAGGGGUAGAGGAAAUGACAAGCUGUCCUGCCCAGCCUAGGCUGCCGUCUGCAGGAUAUCACAUCCAACCAUGUGGCUGCCUCUGUUCCUGGGUGCCUUGCUGUGGGCAAUGGUGUGGUUGCUCAGAGACCGGCAGAGGCUGCCUGCCAGCGAUGCCUUCAUCUUCAUCACUGGCUGUGACUCGGGCUUUGGUCGCCUUCUGGCACUGCAACUUGACCAGAAGGGCUUCCAAGUCCUGGCCAGCUGCCUGACCCCCUCUGGGGCUGAGGACCUACAGCAGAUGGCCUCCUCCCGCCUGCACACAACACUGCUGGAUGUCACCGAUCCCGAGAAUGUACAGCAGGUUGCCAAGUGGGUGAAGACACAUGUUGGAGAAGCUGGGCUCUUUGGUCUGGUGAAUAAUGCUGGUGUCGCUGGUAUCAUCGGGCCCACACCAUGGCUGACACAGGACGAUUUCCAGCGAGUGCUGAACGUGAACACACUGGGUCCUAUUGGGGUCACCCUUGCCCUGCUGCCCCUACUACAGCAGGCCCGGGGCCGGGUGGUCAAUGUCACCAGCUUCUUGGGUCGCCUAGCAGCCAGUGGGGGUGGCUACUGUGUUUCUAAGUUUGGCCUGGAGGCCUUCUCCGACAGCCUGAGGCGGGACAUGGCUCCAUUCGGAGUACAAGUCUCCAUUGUGGAACCUGGCUGCUUCCGAACCCCUGUGACCAACCUGGAGAGUCUGGAGAACACCCUGAAGGCGUGUUGGGCCCGACUGCCUCCAGCUACACAGGCCCACUAUGGGGAAACUUUCCUCACUGCUUAUUUGCAAGUGCAGCGCCGCCUCAUGAGCCUGGCCUGUGACCCAGACCUAACGAAGGUGACGGGCUGCCUAGAGCACGCCCUGACUGCGCGUCACCCCCGAACCCGCUACAGCCCCGGCUGGGAUGCCAAGCUGCUCUGGCUGCCUGCCUCCUACCUUCCAGCCAAGCUUGUGGAUGCUGUGCUCACCUGGGUCCUUCCCCGGCCCGCCCAGUCAAUCUACUGAUGCUGGCUCUACAGCAAGAGCACGACAUUUAUUUCUGUCUCCACUGUGGUGCUGCCUGGUUUCUGACACAAUAAAUAUGUCUUGCUUUGAA